AUGGCUUUACCAAAUUGUGUAUCCAUUGGGUUCUUGGUUUUGGUAUGUUUAAGUCUUUGCUCUGCUCAUAGGGUCCUCUUAGAGGAAGUGGAGGAUCACAAACCAGAACACUUUGUGAUCCACACAGGGCAUGUAUCAACAAUGGCCGGAGGUGGAGGUGGAGGUGGCGGCAGCGGCUAUGGUUCUGGUUCUGGUAGCGGCAGUGGCUAUGGAAGGGGCAGUGGCCCCGGGGGUGGCGGUGGGGGCUGUGGUGAUGGCAGUGGCGAUGGUAGAGGUAGUGGCUACGGAAGCGGUGGGGGCUAUGGUAACGGUGGUGAUGGCAAUGGCAAUGACGGGAGUAGUGGCGGUGGCGGAGGUGGUGGCGGUGGGUCCGGAGGCGAUAGUGGGGGCUAUGGUAGUGGUCGUGGCUGGGGUUCGUCUGGUGAUGGCAGUGGUGGCGGAGGUGGUGGUGGGGGAGGUGGUUCCGGAGGCAAUGAUGGGGGCUACGGUAGUGGUCGAUGCUGUGGAUAUGGCGGUGGCGGCGGUGGCAGUGGCUGUGACCAUGGUAGCUCGGAUUGUGGACCUGCCUAUGGAUGCCCACCAGAGGCUGGGAGUGGAUCUUGUCCAGGUUCUGGAAACUGCGGUAACUACGGUUGUGAGCCCUAUGGCUGCCCAAUUGGAUGUGAUCAGAAUGGGCCUGUGAAGGCCGGGUCCGAUAAGCCCACCAAGAAAGAUAUGGCAGCCCAUGAAGCCCAAAGUGUGUUUGUUUCUCGUGGGACCCAUGACCCCACCAAGACAGAUAGUUUGCCUACACCACCUUACCCCGGGUCAAUUGCGCCAACAAAUGAAAUUGAGCCAGAGCUUCAUUUCUAG